AUGACGAGGGCCUCGCUCCAGGCCGCAGUGCCGUCCUGGGCCUUCCCCAGCGACGCGGCCCACCUCAGCCUCCACAGCUCCCCCGCAACGGGCCCAGCAGCAGCUCCCCCUUCGGCCCAGGCGCCCAGGCCGCCUCCUCCCCUUCAGCCGGCCUUUCGGCCCAAGUGGUUCAUCGUCUCCAAGGUCAAGGUCACCCCCAGCACCGCCUCCGCCGCCGCCGGCGCCAAGAACGGCUACGGCGACUACCUCAUCAAGGAGGAGGGCCUCAACGACCACAACGUCGUCAUCAAGUGCGCCGAGAUCCAGACCGCCAUCUUUGAAGGCUCCGGCGGUGUAGCGGCAACAGGCUCCUACGGCUCUCCCUUUGGGCUGCUUACUUGGGGGCAGGCCGGGCAGCAGUUUAUGCACUCGGAAGAGGUCAAGCUAUUGGGGACGUGGCUGCAGGGCGACCGUGCCCUCACCUUCUGCCACCUCCUCGCCCGCAACGCCGUCAGGGCCAAGCCAACCCAACUCGCCUUCGGUACACCGUCAGGGCCAAGCCAGCCCAACUCGCCUUCAGGUUAUGGUCUUGGUGGGUCUUCCAUGGCUCUAUUCGGAAGAGUUGGUGGAGGUAUCUACACUAAGGCUGCUGACGUGGGUGCUGACCUUGUUGGCAAAGUUGAGAGGAACAUUCCUGAAGAUGACCCAAGGAACCCAGCUGUGAUUGCUGAUAACGUCGGUGACAAUGUUGGUGAUAUUGCUGGAAUGGGAUCAGAUCUCUUUGGUUCAUAUGCAAAGUCUUCCUGCGCUGCUCUUGUUGUUGCUUCCAUCUCAUCUUUUGGAAUCAACCAUGAUUUAACUGCGAUGUGCUACCCACUGCUCGUGAGCUCUGCAGGCAUCAUUGUUUGCUUGCUCACCACACUCUUUGCACCUGAUUUCUUUGAGAUUAAGGCUACAAACGAAAUUGAGCCUGCUCUGAAGAAGCAGCUCAUCAUCUCCACUGCUCUAAUGACUGUUGGUGUUGCGGUCAUCAGCUGGUUGGCUCUUCCAGCUAAGUUCACCAUCUUCAACUUCGGUGCUCAGAAGGAAGUGUCCAAUUGGGGCCUUUUCUUCUGCGUGGCAGUUGGUCUAUGGGCUGGUCUGAUUAUUGGAUUUGUGACUGAAUACUACACUAGCAACGCCUACAGCCCUGUGCAAGAUGUUGCCGAUUCCUGCAGAACUGGUGGUGCCACCAACGUCAUCUUCGGUCUUGCUCUGGGGUACAAGUGUGUUAUCAUCCCAAUUUUCGCUAUUGCUGUCAGCAUCUACGUCAGCUUCUCCAUUGCUGCAAUGUACGACAUUGCAAUCGCUUCUCUUGGCAUGCUAAGCACAAUGGCAACUGGUCUUGCCAUUGAUGCUUAUGGUCCCAUUAGUGACAAUGCUGGUGGAAUUGCUGAGAUGGCUGGCAUGAGCCACAGAAUCCAUGAGAGGACUGAUGCUCUUGAUGCUGCUGGCGCCACGUCUGCCCGGUGGAUGGCUGUGGAAAGAAAUUCUUCACGCACAAGCAUCUGCUGCAGCACUGCGAGUGACGAGUACCACCACCCUGCGCUGGCCGACGGCGUCCGGGCGCCGGAUCCAGAAGGAUCUGUCCCGAACUCAACGACGCACGCGACCACCAUGUCUUGCCCCUCCCGCCGCCGCCACACCGCGCCGCAAGAACGAACCCCAGCCCUCGACGCGCUCCGCACGCCGCCGCGAGGAUCCACAUGCCCCGCCGCCGCACAGCACGCUAGUCCGUCGCCUUCUCACGAUCGGCUGCCCCGCGCCAACCAUGUUGCGUGA